GCGGCGGCGGCGGUGGCGGCGGCAGCGGUGGAGGAGGAGGCGGAGGCUGCUGCUUCUGCUCCCGCCGCCGCCAGAGCGGCAGCCAUUCCCGCGCUCCGGGCUUGCGGGUCAGAGCGAAGCCUGAGAGGCGGCGGAAGGAGCACACACCCACUGAUGGAAAGGGAAAAGCUUGGCCGCAGGCGAGGGGGACUUCGGCCGUAACUUCAGACCAACAGCCUCCUCGGCCGGGACGUCAGUCAAGAACAGUGGCGGCGGCGGCGGCGGCGGCUGCGAGGACGUCCUGGAGACAAGGCAUUGGGUCCACAAUGGCCACAGCUUUGCCCAGAACCCUUGGUGAAUUGCAGCUUUAUCGCAUCCUACAAAAAGCCAAUCUCUUGUUCUACUUUGAUGCCUUCAUUCAGCAGGGAGGGGAUGACGUUCAGCAGUUGUGUGAGGCAGGUGAAGAAGAGUUCCUUGAGAUCAUGGCCUUGGUUGGCAUGGCUAGCAAACCUCUUCACGUCCGAAGGCUGCAGAAAGCUUUGAGAGACUGGGUCACAAAUCCAGGCCUUUUUAACCAGCCUCUCACUUCCUUACCGGUCAGUAGCAUUCCAAUAUAUAAGCUACCGGAAGGAUCACCAACUUGGCUGGGAAUAUCUUGCAAUAGUUAUGAACGGAAUAAUAGUACCCGGGAGCCUCAUGUGAAGAUUCCAAAAUGUGCCGCCACAACCUGUGUUCAGAGUGUGAGCCCUGGCAAAUCCGAUGGAGUGGGGAAUUUAGUGCCGCAAAACAGUAGCGAGCAGAGACUCUGGCAAGGACACCAUGGAACCGAGAGCGAGCACAGCCUUUCCCCUGCUGACAUUGGUUCUCCACCUUCACCAAAGGAUAACACGGAAACUUUGGAUGCAGCUGCGGCUCUGUCAGUCACCGAGUGUGUGGAACGCAUGGUUUCCACUCUCCCCAAAAGUGACUUGAAUGAAGUUAAAGAAAUGCUGAAAAUCAAUAAAAAACUGGCUAAGAUGGUUGGUCAUAUCUUUGAAAUGAGUGAUGAGGACCCUCACAAAGAAGAAGAGAUUAGAAAGUACAGUGCAAUAUAUGGGAGGUUUGACUCGAAGAGGAAAGACGGCAAACAUCUCACCCUUCAUGAG